AUGUCUGUGAAGUUUUCUAAUCCGAUCUCUCCUCCAAUGGAGAGCACGGGAGAUACUCUUGUGACGUUGGAGACACAGGACGGUGUUGUGUUGCAGGGAUACUCAUUUGGUGCUGAGAAGGCUGUUGCUGGUGAGCUUGUUUUUCAGACCGGUAUGGUGGGUUAUCCUGAAUCCAUCACUGAUCCAUCGUAUCAGGGACAGAUUCUGGUGAUCACGUAUCCAUUGGUGGGUAACUACGGUGUUCCAGACCGUAAUCUGAUGGAUGAGGUGGUUAAGUCUCUUCCUAAAUACUUUGAGUCCAACAAGAUCCAUGUUGCUGGUUUGGUUGUUGCUCAUUACACCGAGGAGUACUCUCAUUAUCUUGCCAAGUCGUCUUUGGGACAAUGGCUCAAGUCUGAGGGAAUUCCUGCAGUCUACGGUGUCGAUACCAGAGCUUUGACCAAGAAGUUGAGACAGGACGGUUCCACUUUGGGUAGACUUUGUUUGCAAAAGAAGGGAACCAGCGUUGAUGAGUGCUUGCAAGUCAGUUCUUGGAAGUCCAACUUCGAUGUUCCUGAGUGGGUCGACCCUAAUGCCCAAAACUUGGUUGCCCAGGUGUCUACCAAGGAGCCUGUCGUGUACAAUCCUCCUGAGCACCUUGCCAAGCUUGGUCCAGACGGAAAAGUCAUCAAGAUCGUUGCUGUUGAUGUUGGUAUGAAGUACAACCAGAUCAGGUGUUUCGUCAACCGCGGAGUUUCCUUGAAGGUUGUUCCAUGGGAUCACGAUUUCACCAAAGAAGAAUAUGACGGUUUGUUCAUCUCCAAUGGUCCUGGAGAUCCUUCUGUCAUGCAAAACGUUGUUGAGAAAUUGCAAACUGCCCUCGAGAACCCAAAGGCUCCAAUCUUUGGUAUCUGUUUGGGUCACCAACUGUUGGCCAGAGCCUCUGGUGCUUCAACUCUGAAACUAAAAUACGGUAACAGAGGUCACAACAUCCCAUGUACAUCCACCAUCUCCGGUAGAUGUUACAUCACCUCCCAGAACCACGGUUACGCCGUCGACGUCGAUACUUUGAGUGCUGGAUGGAAAGAACUGUUUGUCAACUCCAACGACGGUUCUAACGAAGGUAUUUACCACACCGAGAAGCCGUUCUUCUCUGUUCAAUUCCACCCAGAAUCUACACCAGGUCCAAGAGACACCGAGUUCCUGUUCGACACCUUUAUCCAGGCCGUUGUCGACUACAAGAUCACCAAACAGCUCAAGGCUGUCCAAUUCCCAGACGGAAACAUCGAGGAGAACAGAUCUCUGCAUCCACGCGUCAACGCCAAGAAAGUGCUGGUUCUUGGUUCCGGUGGACUGUCUAUUGGACAGGCUGGUGAGUUCGAUUACUCCGGUUCCCAAGCUAUCAAGGCUUUAAAAGAAGAAGGAAUCUACACCAUUUUAAUUAACCCAAACAUCGCCACCAUUCAGACAUCCAAGGGUCUUGCAGACAAGGUUUACUUUUUGCCUGUCACUCCUGAGUUUGUGAGAAAGGUGAUCAAACACGAACGCCCGGAUGCAAUCUACUGCACUUUUGGUGGUCAGACCGCUUUGAACGUUGGUAUCCAAUUGAAGGACGAAUUCGAAUCUCUGGGUGUUAAGGUCCUUGGUACCCAGAUCGAUACCGUGAUCACCACCGAAGAUAGAGAACUGUUCGCUAGAGCUAUGGACGAAAUUGGCGAGAAGUGUGCCAAAUCCCAGACCGCUUCCUCCAUGGAAGAGGCUUUGGCAGCCGUCAAGGAAAUUGGCUUCCCAGUCAUUGUCCGUGCGGCUUACGCUUUGGGUGGUCUUGGAUCCGGUUUCGCUGAUAACGAGAAGGAAUUGGUCGAGCUCUGUCAAAAGGCCUUCGCUGCUUCUCCUCAGGUCUUGGUCGAGAAGUCCAUGAAGGGAUGGAAAGAAGUUGAAUACGAGGUUGUUCGUGAUGCUUUCGACAACUGUAUCACUGUCUGUAACAUGGAGAACUUUGAUCCACUGGGUAUCCACACCGGUGAUUCCAUUGUGGUUGCUCCUUCCCAGACUCUUUCCGACGAAGAUUACAACAUGUUGAGAACUACUGCUGUCAAUGUGAUUAGACAUUUGGGUGUUGUUGGUGAGUGUAACAUUCAGUACGCUCUGAACCCACAUUCCAAGGAAUACUGCAUUAUUGAGGUCAAUGCCAGAUUGUCCAGAUCUUCUGCUUUGGCUUCGAAGGCUACUGGUUACCCGCUUGCUUACACUGCUGCCAAGCUUGGUUUGAACAUCCCAUUGAACGAGAUCAAGAACUCCGUUACCAAGGUCACAUGUGCUUGUUUCGAGCCAUCUUUGGACUACUGUGUGGUCAAGAUCCCAAGAUGGGAUCUGAAGAAGUUCACCAGAGUUUCCACUUUGCUUUCUUCCUCGAUGAAGUCUGUUGGUGAGGUCAUGAGCAUUGGUAGAACUUUCGAAGAGGCCAUUCAGAAGGCCAUCAGAUCUACAGACUACCACAACAUCGGUUUCAGCAAAACAGAGGCUCUUAUGUCCAUUGAUAUCGAUUCUGAGUUGCAAACUCCUUCUGACCAGCGUUUGUUCGCCAUUGCCAACGCCAUGUCUGAGGGAUAUACCGUCGACAAGAUCCACAAGCUCACCAACAUUGACAGAUGGUUCUUGAACAAAUUGGAAGGUUUGGUCAAGUAUGCCGACAAGAUCGCUUCUUACGGUGUCAAGGAGAAGUUGCCAAGAUCGAUCUUGAAGGAGGCCAAGCAACUUGGUUUCGAAGACAGACAAAUUGCCAAGUUCCUCAACUCCAACGAGGUUGCCAUUAGAAGAGUCAGAAAAGAGUUUGGCAUCGUUCCAUUUGUCAAACAAAUUGAUACCGUCGCUGCUGAGUUCCCUGCUUACACAAACUACUUGUACAUUACAUACAACGCAGACUCCAGCGACGUCGAGUUCAACGAUAACGGUGUGAUGGUUUUGGGAUCUGGUGUCUACAGAAUUGGAUCUUCUGUCGAGUUCGACUGGUGUGCAGUUAGAGCCAUCAGAACGUUGAGAGAACAGGGACUCAAGACGAUCAUGGUCAACUACAACCCAGAAACUGUUUCUACCGAUUACGACGAGGCCGACAGAUUGUACUUUGAGACAAUUAACCUCGAGAGAGUCUUGGAUAUCUACGAGCUCGAGAAGUCUUCUGGUAUCAUCAUUUCUAUGGGUGGUCAAACUUCGAACAACAUUGCUUUGCCAUUGUACAGACAGAACGUCAAGAUUUUGGGUACUUCUCCAGAGAUGAUCGAUUCUGCCGAGAACAGAUACAAGUUCUCCAGAAUGCUUGACAAGAUUGGUGUUGACCAACCUGCCUGGAAGGAACUGACCUCUAUCCAAGAGGCCGAAGAGUUUGCCGAGAAGGUGACUUACCCAGUUCUGGUUAGACCAUCCUACGUUUUAUCUGGUGCUGCUAUGAAUACUGUCUACUCCAAAGCGGAUCUUGCUUCCUACUUGUCGCAAGCCGUUGAGGUUUCUCCAGAUUACCCAGUCGUUUUGACCAAGUAUAUUGAAAACGCCAAGGAGAUUGAAAUGGAUGCCGUUGCUAAGGACGGUAAGCUUAUUAUGCACGUUGUUGCCGAGCACGUUGAGAACGCCGGUGUCCACUCUGGUGAUGCCACUUUGAUUGUUCCUCCACAGGACUUGGACAAGGAGACCGUCAGCAGAAUUGUUGAGGCCACUUCCAAGAUUGGUAAGGCAUUGGAUGUUACAGGACCAUUCAACAUCCAGUUCAUUGCCAAGAACAACGAGAUCAAGGUUAUCGAGUGUAACGUGAGAGCUUCCAGAUCUUUCCCAUUCAACUCCAAGGUUGUUGGAACUGACAUGAUUGAGAUGGCCACCAAGGCCAUCAUGGACCUUCCACUCACCCCAUACCCAGGUGAGAAACUCCCAGAUGACUACUGUGCCGUGAAGGUUCCACAGUUCUCCUUUUCCAGACUUUCUGGUGCCGAUCCAGUUUUGGGUGUUGAAAUGGCUUCCACCGGUGAGGUUGCAUGUUUCGGACACAACAAGUACGAGGCUUACUUGAAAUCUUUAAUCUCCACCGGAUUCCAGCUUCCAAAGAAGAACAUUUUGUUGUCCAUUGGUUCUUUCAAGGAAAAGCAGGAGCUUCUUCCAGCCAUCAAGAAAUUGCACGAGCUUGGCUACUCUCUUUUUGCUACUUCGGGUACUGCUGACUUUAUUCAGGAACACGGAGUUCCUGUGAAGUACUUGGAGUUACUCACUGAUAGAGAAGACGACCAGCAAAAGGCCGAGUACUCGCUCACCCAGCAUCUGGCAAACAACUUGAUUGACUUGUACAUCAACUUGCCUUCUUCCAACAGAUUCAGAAGACCAGCAUCUUACGUUUCUAAAGGUUACAGAACCAGAAGAAUGGCCGUUGAUUACGCUGUUCCAUUGGUUACCAACGUCAAGUGUGCCAAGUUGUUGAUCGAGGCUAUUGCCAGAAACAUCAGCUUGGAGGCCGCCAACAUCGACUCUCAGACUUCUCACAAGACCAUCGAGUUGCCUGGUUUGGUUUCUAUCUCUACUUAUGUCCCAACUUUUGAGACCGAGACCGCUGCCUCUGAUGUUGAGGCUGUCACCAAGGCUGCUCUUGCUGCUGGUUUCACCUUCACCUCCAUCUCUCCAGUCACCGAAUCUGGCUCCUUUAUUGUCGACGCCAGAACUUUGACCAGAGCUCACGAACUUUCCCAGGGCUCCACCUACACCGACUUCUCUUUCGGUGUUGCAGCCACUGAAUCCAACCCAACCCAAAUUCAACACGUUUCGUCGCUGACAUCUUCUCUGCUUGUUCGCUCCGAAGAAUUCCUGAAGAACAAGCUUGCUUCCACUUCUGCCCAUUUCGGAGUGUGGCCAGAACGGAAGCCAAUUGUCACCGACACCAAAACCACCGAUCUUGCAUCUGUGUUGCUUUUGGCCUCUCUUUACAGCCGUCAAAUCCACGUCACCGGCGUUACCAGCAAGGACGAUCUUGCUCUGAUCACCAUGUCCAAGAGCAAGGGAUUACAAGUCACCUGCGAUGUUUCUGUCUACACUUUGUUCCUUUCCCAAGAGGAAUACCCAGGAGCCACUUUCUUGCCAACCAAGGAAGACCAAAAGGCUCUAUGGGACAACAUUGAGUCGAUUGACUGUUUCUCCAUUGGCCAGGUCCCAUCCCUGCUUGCCAAGUUUGUUGGAAAGCCAGCCGUCCCAGGUGCUGGUAUUUCCGACACUCUUCCAUUGUUGAUUUCUGCUGUUGCCGAGAACAAACUGACCUUUGACGACAUUGUUGCCAAGUUGCACGACAACCCAAUCAAGAUCUUCAAUUUGAGAGACAACGAGUCUGUUAUUGAGAUUAACGUUGACAGAGCCACUUCGUCGUUGAAGAAUACCAAACAACAAUGGUCUCCAUUCGCACCUAACCAGCUCAAGGGUGCUGUUGAGAGAGUUCACAUGAACGGCCAGACUGUCUGUUUGGAAGGUGAGUUUGUUGUUGCCGAGGCUUUGGGCAGAGAGAAUGCAUUCUUUGUUCAACAUCCUUCUGCCUUGACCGCUACUCCUUCUGCCCAAGAGGCACAAUUGGCUCCAUCUCCUAUCACCACCAGAAGAACCUCGAGAUUCUCGUUUGACGGUGCUAGAAGAGCCACUUUGAUCGAUUCUUUGAAGGACUCCAGUGCCAUUGCCGACUCUCAGGACACUCCUACGGGAGCCGAUCUUGUUUCGUCGAUGCCACCAAGAGAACUCUCUCUUCCAAAUGCCAUCAUCUCCUACAUCAAGGGCGACAAUCCGUUCCUGAGAAACUCGCUGCUUUCUGUGAACCAGGUUUCCAGAUACCACUUGCAUGCUCUUUUCGCUGUUGCCCAGGAGAUGAGACUUGCUGUUGAGAGAGAAGGUGUUUUGGACGUUUUGAAGGGCCGUGUUUUGACCACAGCUUUCUUCGAGCCAUCGACCAGAACUUCCUCAUCGUUCAACGCUGCUAUGCAGAGAUUGGGAGGCCGUGUGGUGACCAUUUCGGAGCAAGGCUCUUCCGUCAAGAAGGGAGAAACUCUGCAGGACACCAUCAGAACCAUGGCCUGCUACUCGGACGCCAUUGUCCUGAGACAUCCCUCCGAGGAGAGCGCCGACAUCGCAGCCAAGUACUCUCCUGUUCCGAUCAUCAACGGCGGUAACGGAUCCAGAGAGCACCCUACCCAGGCUUUCUUGGACCUGUUCACCAUCAGAGAGGAGCUGGGAACCGUCAACGGAAUCACUGUCACCUUCAUGGGAGACUUGAAGUACGGAAGACCAGUGCACUCGUUGUGCAAGCUGUUGCAACACUACCAAGUGAGAAUCCAGCUCGUUUCCCCACCAGAGCUGAGACUUCCAGAGAACUUGAAGAGACAGCUUGUUGACGCAGGCAUGCUUGUUGGCGAGUCUGUGGAGUUGUCCAAGGAAAUAAUUGCCAAGUCGGACGUUCUGUACUGCACCAGAGUGCAACAGGAGAGAUUCGCCGAUAAGGCGCAAUACGAGCGGUUGAAGGACUCUUACAUUGUCGAUAACCGGAUUCUGUCACAUGCUAAACAGCACAUGUGUGUGAUGCAUCCGCUUCCAAGAGUCAAUGAGAUCAAGGAGGAGGUUGACUUUGACCAGAGAGCCGCCUACUUCAGACAGAUGCGGUACGGGCUAUUUGUGAGAAUGGCAUUGUUGGCCAUGGUGAUUGGUAUUGAUUUUUAA